AUGAGAUUGCGUCGACUGGAAUGUCGUCGAACCGUAACUCAGCCAGUAGACCAGACUCUAGGGUCUCCGCAAGAUUGGCAAAGGGGAGGAAGGGGGGGAAAAAGGGGAAGAGAAAAGGUCUGA